AUGGGCUGGCCUCUGGGAUUCCUGUCUUCCCCACCACCAGUGAUUCUAAAACCCACCAACAACUUGGUGAUGCAUAAGUGUGAUAUAGUAGUGUGCAUGCGUGAUGUGCUGUGGAUGGAGGAAUGCCUGAGGGAGUCCCAUGAAGGCUUCUGUGGGCAGAAGGCCACGUACUCUCAGCACCAGUGGGCAGAAGGCCACGUACUACCUGCACCAGUCAGUGCCGAUUGGCCAUCACUGUCCGCUACCCUGGCAGAUGGCUGUAUUCUUGUCCCACCUCAGAUAAGACAAGCACAGUGUGGGAAGGAGGAGCUGUCACUCGGGGAUGCUGGCCUGUUUCGUUGCACCUCGCCUGCCUCCACCCAAGCCUCAGAGCUAUUGGGGCAGCGAAGGGUGCAGGAUGUCAUCAGUCCAAUCGUGUUUGAAGCAGCCUACAGCCUCGGCGAGCAUGUGACUGGAAAGGAGGACAGGGAACUGCCAGCUCUGACACCAGUUCUCCGCUGGAAAAAGGGACAAAAGAUUGCCCAAAAGAAUCAGACCGUUUUUGAAAGGAAUUGCCAUUCGGAAGACUGUGCUGCUGACCUGCAGCUUCGGGGUAAACUGUUGCUGUCCAGUAUUGAUGAUAAGACCCCAUAUCUAGCUUUGGGGGCUGUGAAGAAUAUCUCCCUGAAUAUCUCCAUCGCCAACCUGGGGGAUGAUGCCUAUGAUGCCAACGUGUCCUUCAAUGUCUCCCGGGAGCUCUUCUUCAUCAACAUGUGGCAGAAGGAGGAGAUGGGUAUUUCCUGUGAGCUGCUAGAAUUGGACUUCCUCAAAUGCAGCGUGGGAUUUCCAUUUAUGAGGUCAAAGUCGAAGUAUGAAUUCAGUGUGAUCUUUGACACAAGCCACCUGUCUGGGGAGGAGGAAGUUCUCAGCUUCAUUGUUACUGCUCAGAGUGGCAACGUGGAACGCACGGAAGCCCUGCAUGACAACAGCCUCAUGCUGACAGUGCCACUCAUGCACGAGGUGGACACUUCCAUCACUGGAAUAAUCUCUCCAACCUCCUUCGUGUAUGGAGAGUCUGUGGAUGCAUCCAACUUCAUUCAGAUGGAUGACCUGGAGUGUCACUUUCAGCCCAUCAACGUCACCCUUCAGGUCUACAACACUGGCCCAAGCACCCUUCCUGGGUCAUCUGUCAGUAUCUCUUUCCCCAAUCUCCUCUCGUCUGGUGGUGCAGAGAUGUUUCACGUCCAGGAAAUGGUGGUGGGCCAAGAGAAGGGAAACUGCUCUUUCCAGAAAAACCCAACCCCUUGCAUCAUCCCUCAAGAACAAGAAAAUAUCUUCCAUACAAUAUUUGCUUUUUUCACGAAGUCUGGAAGAAAAGUCUUGGUCUGUGAACAACCAGGAAUUUCUUGCCUAACAAUGCACUGUAACCUUAGUGCUCUUGCUAAAGAAGAAAGUCGUACUAUCGACAUUUACAUGCUACUGAACACAGAAAUAUUAAAGAAGGACAGUUCAUCCGUCAUCCAGUUCGUGGCCCGAGCCAAGGUGAAGGUGGAUCCUGCCCUAAGGGUGGUGGAAAUAGCUCAUGGGAACCCAGAAGAGACAACGGUGGUCUUCGAGGCCUUGCACAACCUGGAGCCCCGUGGCUAUGUGGUAGGGUGGAUCAUCGCCAUAAGCUUGCUGGUGGGAAUCCUCAUCUUUCUGCUGCUGGCUGUGCUGCUCUGGAAGAUGGGCUUCUUUCGCCGAAGGUACAAAGAGAUUAUUGAAGCAGAGAAGAACCGGAAAGAGAACGAAGACAGUUGGGACUGGGUCCAGAAAAACCAGUGAGCUGCCACACUUCCAUCACGUGACCCAAUCACUAGCCUGUCAUUCUUGAUCUUUGUAUCUUCCAUAUUUGGAAGAAGAAAAUCUUCUCCAGAUUUUUCGGAGGCCCCACUGAUGCUGUUCUCUUCAUCGUUCUAUCAAGCCCAGGUGCCAGCCUGGGGCAGCCACUUCGGUCGGGUCACAUGACCGAGGCCACCACCACUUCCUUUUGAAGAUGAACUCCGAACUUGGGAAAGCAAGCUACAGAGCCGAGCGAUAUUUAUGGAUGCAACACGCAUGGUCAACCCUCAGGGGAAAACUGUUACCUAAAAGUAUUUUUAUAAAUAUAAGCAUUUUAUACUGAUUAUGUCUUUAUAUUUGUAUCGAUGUUUUAUUAUUUCUAUUAAAUAGUUCUAUAAUUCAUUCAA